AUACGCGAGGAAUUUCUGCUGCCUUGCUUGACCACACCCUCCUUCCUUGCUCCUGGCCUGCCUCUUCCACCAAUCCAAUUGUUUCUUAUGGACAGAAAAGAGCAGAGGCUCUGAGCUGUCCGAUCAGGUCCAUUGUCUACUCGUCCGUCAUUAGCAGCCUCAACACGCCCGUGCGUUUUUUCUCCCCACUAAACUCAGACUACCCUUUAAGUUCUAUCAUCUCCGGUCACUGCGUGAAGCUCCUCCCGGAAAAUAGAGCGAGACACUGUUAUGAGAAAAACAGCAAAAUAAUCACCUGGAUUCUUUCAUAUCAAGAUGAUGUGGAGUCUUUGGAUCCUGCUGGGCACUGUUCUCAGUGUGGAUGGCUACGUGGUGCCCGACCUGCACAAGCGCCUGUCCCAUGGGCAUCAGCUGAAGAUCUACCUCCCGAAGAAUGCUGAGAAGCUGGAGUUCACCCCCGCUGCAGAGCCCCUGAAGACGUACCUGUACUGGGACCGUGGGUCCCGGGCCACCAGAGGAAAGGUGUCUGGGACAGGAACCGACAGGAGCUGGUAUCUGGACAAAGUGACUUACAAGGACCAGGGGACCUAUGUCCAGAGAGACUACUGGAACAAGGAGAUCUCCUCGCUCAAAGUGGCUGUGACCACCAGGCGUGAGUACACGAAGUGCGUGGUGGGUGAGGAACUCCACAUCUCAUUGGAGGGCAUCAACCAGGCCGACGCCACGCUCUCCUUCUCGGGCGCCAACGCCAACGUCACCCUGGUGCACGAUGGGGCAGUGGUGGCCCAGGACCUCCCGGACUACUGGAACCGGGUCAAGACCCUUUCCACCAAGAUCAGCAUCCAGAACGUCAACACCUCGGACGUGGGCUACUACACGCUGAAGGACACGCGAGACCGGGUGGUCGCCAUCGUCAGGAUGGAACUCACAGACAAACAUGAGAAUGAAGCAGGCAACCCCCUCAUGGCCCUCCUCCUCCUGCUUGGUAUCCCCGCCAGUAUCUGCUUCUGUUGCCGGAAGAGGAUCUUCAAGAACAAAUCCCCCGACACCACCGCCAUCCAACUGGACAACCCCGAGACUCCGCACCCCCCUCCCGGCUACAACAUGCCCGGAGGAGGGGUGUCCCCUGGACCUGGUGUGCCGGGAGGUUACCCUCAGGUUUACCCUCCCCCCAACCCUGGGAUGCCUGGCCAGCCUCAAUGGACCGGACCCCCACCUCAACCAUGCUUCAACCCAGGCUACCCCUCCCAGGACCCUUUGUACCCCCCUGCCCAGCCCCCACAGUGGAAUGGCCCACCACCCAACCAGCCACAGUACAACCCUGGUGCUCCUCCGAUGGGGUAUGCACCGGUGAUGUACAGCGCCCCCUCAGGGAAUGAGGAGAUAAAGAUGGAGAACAUGUCUCCUGCUGAUCCCCUCCUUGCCCAUCCACCACCCCAGGUCCCCCCGCCCACCUCUGAAGCUCUGCACUCCACAGACGGAGCCUUCCAGUUCAACAUCGACUCAGGAAAAAACGCCCCCACCAACUUCCUGUAGAACGCCUGUCAUCGGUCCAAUCAGAGCGGCCUUAGUAAUGUUGCCACGGCUCCGUCCCGAAUACGGUUCAAUGGCUUCCUUUGCUCAUCUCCUUGACUGUGACCACUUAUAUAAAUGGGGAGGGAUAGAAGAGGAAGCAGUAUGUUGUAGAUGUGACUGUGACCUAGACAUUGCCCCUCAAAUCACCUAUCCAUCCUUUUCUGGUGAGUGUUAUACUGUUUUCUGACAUAAGACAUUAUUAUUAUACCUUUUAAAAAGGCAAAUUUAAUAGGUCUCAGUGUUUUUUAUUUUUUUAAAUGUACCCCUUUCACGUAUACAAAAACGAAAGUAACCAAAUUUUAAGUUGUUUUUUUUGUCCCUGUGUAAAUGGGAUAUUAGUGAAGGAAAGGAGAUCAUUUUAAAAAGACUUUUUCCUGUACAGCUGUGAUGAAGUCAGUCAAAAUGUCUGGGCGGGGGGAAAACGUGUCAAACUGAAUCAGAUCCCUACCCUUCUCCAGAAGUGUGCACAGAUCCACUCCCUCUCAUGCAUUGGAUUGGUGCAAAAAAAUGUCUUGGAGGGAGUUUCCACCAUAUUCCCAGUCCAUUUAUUUUUAGAAGGGGAGUGUACAAGAUAAUUGGAAUGUAGCUCAUAGAAUGAUAGAGGCCUCUAGUGGCCAAAAGGCAGUAUUGGCAUGGGCAGCGCCAUUGAGGGCUUUCACCAAUUUAACACUGGUCGUGUUCCCCUGCGGAGGCGCUGCAUGCAUCAACCAAUGGUAGCGUGCCACGUCAUCGGCUGUGCCGUCGUGCACAGUCGAUAACAUGUGGUUAGCUGAUACGUAAAAUAGCUAUCCAAUAGUUGUAAGAUCUGGCAUUUGUCUGAGGAGAGGAACACAACCGAUAACUGCCUUUCAGGGUUCUACUGGAACCAAAAAUAGGGACAGCCGAAGAACUUUUUGGAAAUGUUUUUUCUAAGUGUAUCAUAAUCCAAUCAGAACCCACAUCACUCCUAAUCAUACAAUCAGAAGAUGCUAGGACAAAUCAUCAUCCACUCGGUAGACCAAGUAAAGCUCUCCGCCAGUCAGGUAGCCACUUCCUGUUGUGUAUAUUUAAAGUGUGUAAUAUAUAUAUGCCUUUACUUCCCAAAGUAUAGCCGUUUUUCAUUAUAUGCAUGGUGUAUCAUUUUAGUUCUACAUAUGAAACUGCUGUCAUUUCAACAGGGUGGGUAUGUAGUUAACUUAUUAAUACACUGGGAGGGUGCUAUUUUAUUAAGACGUUAUACAUAGUCUGCAUCCCCCUCAAAAGUAGUGUACUAUAGGGUGCCAUUUGCAACACGCAUCAUCUUGGUUUAAAAGGCUCAUUUUGGUAUUUAAAUAUAAAAUCCUAUUUGUCUCUUAAAUAAUGACGCACUCCUGAAGGUUUUACAGACAGUUCGAGCGGAUCACUUUUGUCAAGUCAGUGGCCACCACCUUUCAAAAUGUGAUGCAUUAUGGGGGUAAAAAUGAUCCCACUUGUGCCUAAAUGUCAACUGCAUGAGCUUUACAAAAAAAGGUCAUGGUUUUGACUGCAAGUUUCUGCAGUUGCUCUUCACCAACUUCCUCCUGCAGCCAUCACCUGCAUUGUGGGAGGCUCUAUAGUCAACCAAUCAGGUUGUUUUUGUUUGACCCACACGAACGUGACCAAAGACAUGACUGAAACAGGAACCAACUUUGCCUUGAUUUAUGUAUACAGUGGAUAUAUACAAAAUGAAUGUGAUUACGAGUCUCAUUGUUUGUACAAUGUACACCCGCAUGAUUUCAAAUUAUGAUUGUGUGAUAUGGGAGUUGGAGACGUGAUUAUUUUUAACGUUAAAGAAAUACUUUCAUAACAAUGGCAACACUGUUAUGUUCGUCUGAGAUUUGGUGCAAAACCACGUGCCCAAACUUUUGGCUGUCGCAGUUGCUCCUCCCCCGAUUUCACUCCUCGAAUUUAAUCUAGUCGUUUGCUUAAACCUUAUCACACAAACGCAUCAGGUGCCGCCUUGUCCUGGGGUGUCUUCAUAUGUGCACAUUGAAGCAAACAGUAACAACUUUUUGGGACAAAUUCAGUUAGUCCCUACCCGUUUCAACCUGGUUGCUUCCAUUAGGUUCCUAAUGAAUGUACCCCAUGUCAAGUCAGGGGGUGAGAAAUGUAUUUUACAUGAUUAUAUUUAGGGAGAGGUCAUUUCCAGACCAUGUAACCAGAACAGUAAACUCCUGGCCCUAGUUGGUCAAGGAAAAAAAUCUCAAUUGGAGAAGGGCAGAUGAGAAGGCCUCUUGAUUACACUUAAACUUUUGGAGUUACUUAAAACGUUCUUCCCAAAACUGCUUUUCUCACCAACUGUCUCAUCCCCCAACACACUUUAAAAGGAAUGGACAGAUCUCAAAUGUAGGUAAUAGGAAGUAUGCAUCAGUUUUGUUUUAUUUGAGAACUUGUUUGUGUUGUAUGCUGCCAUAACUGGAAAGGCGUGAGAAUGAAAGGUGAUCCGUGUAGACAUGAAGAAAAUAUGAUUUCCAAUGACAUAUCACGAGACCUUAUGGAAUGUUUAGUGUUUCUAUUCUGCGAAUAUCAAAAGCAUUUAUUGUAGGACAUGCAUAGGUCCACCUCAAUAAACAGAAAACACAA